CUAUUUUUCAAUUUAAGGCAUUUUUGUUAAUGUCCAUUCAGUGAUGUUUUAAUCGAGCGGUGUUCCACAUUAUACAGCAUGUUAACAUUGGUAUGAUAAGAAGAUUUAUCAAAAAACUGUGGGGUUCUAUUCCUAAGAUGAGUGAAACGGUAACAGCUCCCCACAUGAAAAGAAAAUCUGAAGAUGAAUCAGAAUCCAGACAAAAGAAAGUGAAAACCAUUAAAAAGGAACCUGUUCCACAGAUGCAAGGGAAUCCCAAUACUAAGAGAAAGGUAGCAGUUUUGAUUGCUUACAAUGGAAAAGGAUACCAUGGAAUUCAAAGAAACCCACCAUAUCCCUCUAUAGAGGAGGAAUUACUGAAGGCACUACUUAAGGUUGGAGCCAUAACACAGGACCAUUAUGAUAAACCUGGUGCAAUACAUUUCCAGCGAGCAGCAAGAACAGAUAAACAUGUGUCAGCGGCCAGUAAUAUCAUCUCUCUGAAGAUGGUGACAAAUGUUGAAAACUUUUUGGAAAAAGUAAACCAGGAACUGCCAAACCAGAUAAGAAUAUUUGGGUUCAAGAGAACAACAAAGGGGUUUGACUGUAAGACGCAGUGUACAGGACGUACGUACAUGUAUGUUUUACCUACCUACGCUCUGGCUCCAGAAGGAAUGAAAAUAUCAGAGGAAUACAGAAUAACAGAUGAAAUUCUGGUACAUGCAAAUGAUGUUCUGAAAUUAUACCAAGGAACCCACAACUUUCACAAUUUUACAUCAGGAAUAAAACCCACUGAACAAAAGGCCAAGAGAUACAUUAUAUCGUUUGAGUGUGGAAAACCGUACAUCAGAGAGGGACUAGAGUUUGUAACGUGCAAAGUUCGUGGCCAAAGUUUCAUGCUUCAUCACAUCAGAAAAAUGAUAGGACUGAUGAUUGCUAUAGUAAAAGGUUGCUGCAAGGAAGAUGUGCUUCAAUUGGCAUGGGGUCCAGAAAAGGUAGAUGUUCCCAAGGCCCCAGGAUUAGGUUUGCUGCUAGAUGAGUUGUACUUUGACGGUUACAAUAAGAAGUGGGGAAGAGAUGGACUACAUGAGCCAGUAGAAUGGACUCAGUAUGAGGAAGAACUAGAGAAAUUCAAAGAGGAAUAUAUACUGCCAGAAAUUUACAAAGGAGAGAAAAAUGAUAAAGUUAUGUGGGAGUGGCUGAAGACUCUACACAUGCAUAGUUUUGAUGUAGAAAGCAACAACCGGAGACACAGAAAUCAGGAUCCAUAUUCCAUGAGCAGUAAUAAUGGAACAGAUGGUUUACAGAAAAAUGAACAACAGGCAAAUGUAAACCAAAUUAAAAUGUCAGAAGAACACCAGGAGGGUAUUGUGGAUAUGAACAGAGAACAGUGUGAGGAACCAAACUUACAGGAGCAUGUAGAGAAUGAUUCAGAUGGUGAAAUUAAACAGAAACAGGAUUUAGUGACAACCGGAUGAGAAAGAAGAGUUUAGAUUCAAUAAAAAUGUACAAACACUCCGUA